AUCAUCAGCUUUCACUUCGCGAACAUCAAGAACCCCCCACUGAAAAUCACAUCGAAUUUCUGAAACUCAGAACAAGCCAGUCAACAAUUAUCAACAUGUCUGACUUUGCUCGCAAGGAUUUCUCCACAAAGGCUAAGGAGGAGAUCACUCCCGACGCCAGCAAGUCCACCCAGGAAAGGGUGAAGGAGACCGUCACCGAUACCACCGACCGCAUCUCCCGCGGCGUCCAGCCCGAUGACCAGAAAAGCACCACCCAGCAGGCCUUUGACAAGAGCCAGCGUGUGAGCGACAGGGAGGGCCACGGCAGUACCCCUCAGUCUAUUGGCGAUAAGGUCAAGAACGCUGUUGGCCUUGGUGAUCACUAGAUAGUGAUUGCCUGUCAAAACCUAUUGAGGUAUUGCUAGGACGAUCAGCUUUCGCUUCAUGAAUAUGUUAUGAUGAAUUACGAUACCAUCCAUACCUGAGAUAAUUCUCUGCCUGACCUGUAAAUUAACUUUAAUUUGAAACAAUGAGACUGCCAAUUAAGUUGUC